CCCGUUGCCUUGGAACCAGUGAGACGCGACUCGGCCUCCGCCGCGGUCGAGAGUGCCAGCGUUGGGCCUCGGUCACCAUGUCGGUGCUGGACGCGCUUUGGGAGGACCGGGAUGUCCGCUUCGACGUCUCCUCGAAACAAAUGAAAACAAGACCUGGAGAAGCCCUUAUUGAUUGUUUAGAUUCCAUUGAAGACACCAAAGGAAAUAAUGGGGAUAGAGGGAGACUCUUAGUAACAAAUUUGAGAAUUAUCUGGCACUCUUUGGCAUUACCCAGAGUCAAUCUUUCUAUCGGUUACAACUGCAUAUUGAGCAUUACAACAAGGACUGCUAAUUCGAAAUUACGAGGCCAAACUGAAGCUCUUUAUAUACUAACAAAAUGUAACAGUACUCGUUUUGAGUUUAUAUUUACAAAUUUGGUUCCUGGAAGUCCUAGACUUUUUACUUCUGUGAUUGCAGUACACAGAGCAUAUGAAACUUCUAAAAUGUAUCGUGAUUUUAAGCUGAGAAGUGCACUAAUUCAAAACAAGCAACUAAGAUUAUUACCACAAGAACAUGUAUAUGAUAAAAUCAAUGGAGUAUGGAAUUUAUCCAGUGAUCAGGGAAAUUUAGGAACCUUUUUUAUUACCAAUGUGAGAAUUGUGUGGCAUGCAAAUAUGAAUGACAGUUUUAACGUCAGCAUACCAUAUCUGCAAAUUCGUUCAAUAAAGAUCAGAGAUUCAAAAUUUGGUUUAGCUCUUGUCAUAGAAAGCUCUCAGCAGAGUGGAGGAUAUGUUCUUGGCUUUAAAAUAGAUCCUGUGGAAAAACUACAAGAAUCAGUUAAGGAAAUCAACUCACUUCACAAAGUCUAUUCUGCCAGUCCUAUAUUUGGAGUGGAUUAUGAGAUGGAAGAAAAGCCACAGCCCCUUGAAGCUCUGACAGUUGAGCAGAUUCAAGAUGAUGUAGAAAUAGACUCUGAUGACCACACGGAUGCUUUUGUGGCUUAUUUUGCUGAUGGCAAUAAGCAACAAGAUCGUGAACCUGUAUUUUCAGAAGAACUGGGGCUUGCAAUAGAGAAAUUGAAGGAUGGAUUCACCCUACAGGGACUUUGGGAAGUGAUGAGUUGAUCUUGAGUUGAGCUGGAUUUCUAUUUAAAGAUAUCUCAAGAUUAAAGAUACUAGUUGCCUGCUAUAAGGCACAGAAUAGUUUGUACACUUACAGAAAAAGCUUUUAAGAGGGUUUUUUUAAAUGAUUAAGGAAAAACUCAUUUAUCUAAGAUUUCAUUGCCUCUUUUCUAAAAAUUAUAUUUAAAAUUAUAAUCAAAAUGUAUCUACUUUGUAAAUAUGUUUAUUUUGUACCUAAUGCUUGUAUAUUAUUAGUCUGCAGAUAUUAAAUGACUGUAUCAUUUUGGGUUAAUAAAGAAUUUACAUAGCAUCAUUUAAUGUUUUGAAAGCAUUAUUUAAAAGAAGAUUAUUUUUAUGGAGUUAUCAAAAUACUGCUUUUUUAAUUAUAAAAAUCUGGUUUAAAUAAGUUAUCAAAGAGCUCCAAACUUAAGCCAACUCUAAUAUAAAUUAUGACCCUUAAACUUGUCAUGCUUAGGUGACCAUUUCUGUAAAACUAAAAAUUAUAGUUAACUCUGAAGUGUAUCAACCCUUAUGUAAUACGUUGGGCACUAUUUUAUAAGUAAUUUCAAUGUAGAUUUGACAAGAAUACCUUUAUUUUGUAAGGAAAUAGUUUGUAAAUAAAUAGUUCAUUUAUCGACUUUC